AUGCCAUUGUCAGACUGGCUAUGGAACCGCAACACGCACCAAAAAGAUGACGGCGAACGUAUACUGCCAGCGUUGCCCGUGCAGCAUGCCACGAAGGACGAAGCCGAGCAUAAACAAGCAUCACGAUCACAAUUCCUGGAGCCUCGAAUCAUUACAGCCUGUGUGAUCACUGCUGGAGCGACCUUCGCGGCUCUACGUUUCUACCGAAUGUACCUGAAGCGAGUACCGACCGCAGGCCACAUCAAGCCAACAGAUUUCCACAAACGGAGUCUAUAUGGCUACGUGACUAGUGUUGGUGAUGGGGAUGGCUUCCACCUCUUCCAUACGCCAGGUGGUCCUUUGGCAGGGUGGGGUUGGUACAGAGGUAGAAGGCCACAAGAGAGUGACAGGAAGAAAUUAAAGGAUCAGACUAUCUCACCUUACGGUCCUGAGGCUCUGGCGUGGCUGAGGAGUGCGAUACAAGGGACGUAUGUGCGGACGCAGGUUCACAGGGUUGAUCAGUAUCAGCGAGUGGUGGGGACUGCGUAUCGACGGAAGUGGCUGUUCUUUCGGUCGGAUAUUGGGCUGGAGAUGCUGAAACUUGGACUGGCUACUGUGUAUGAGGCAAAGAGUGGCGCGGAAUUUGGAGGGAAGGAGGAGGUGUAUAGAGCUGCUGAGAAGAAGGCAAAGAGCAGAGGCGUCGGCAUGUGGCAGAAUCCUGGGUUGGUAGGGAGAUUACUUGGGCGUAAGGCGACUGCUGUCGAGACGCCGAGAGAGUAUAAGACAAAGGUCGCUGCAAAGGAGAGGGAAGUGCAGGUGGGAGACAAGAAGGUUUGA